AUGUCCCAGAGGACAAUAGGAACACAGGAGAUCAGGACAGCUACCUCUGGCAUGAGAGAUUUCAAGGGCCAUGCCAACUACCACUGUGCACUAGUUGCUGUGGAUGACUUCUCCUCCCUGAUCUAUGUGGAACCACUCUGCACUAAGGGUGCCACACUCAUGGUGCUGAGAAGGUGGAUCACCAGGAUGGAACAAACAAUGGACAGGAAACUCAAAACACUCCACAGUGACAAUGGAGGAGAGUGGUGCAGUUUGGGAGCUGAAGACUGGCAAACUCAGGAGGGUUUCAAGUGGCAAAAGAGCAUCCCGGGGAUCAGUAUCCAAAAUGGAUGGGCAGAGAGAGUGAUCAGAUCAGUCCAAGAAAAGAUGUGCUCGAUGCUCAUUGGUCAAGCUUGCCCCAGAGAGUUAUGGCCAUAUGCAAUCACAGCAGUGGCACACAUGAUGAACCUCACCCCAUCAGCCACCAAGACCAUUCCUCAUGAGGCCUUUUAUGGAACCACCAUGCACAAGCUGGCCCAACAGCUGCGAGUCUUCAGAUGCUUAGCAUGGGUCCAUGUUCAACAGAAGGACCAGCAAGGCAAGUACAGGGCUAGAGCAAAGCCAGCCAUCAUGAUUGGGUAUGAUGACAAGCACAAAGCAUGGAAGUUUUGCAACCCAGACCAGCCCAUGUCAAUCCAAUGGAGCAACUCAGCAAUGUUCCAUGAGGACAAAGGAUGGAGUGAUCACCAACAGGAGGCAUUCAAGCCCAUGGCAACUGCAGAAGUUGAGGAGGAGGGUGUCAUGCCAACCACAGUGGAGGAGGAAACCAGAUCAGAGGCCAUGGUGGAGGAUCUCCUACCAGCUAUAGACAGCACAGUAGGCACCACCAACACAGCAGUACUGAACCUGGACCCAACCCUUGGAGAGGCAAUGAACAGAGUACCACUUGUGGACUCUAAGGUUGUACUUUGGCUGAAGCUUGAUGCUGAUGGCAUGCCUGUCAAGCACAAGGUGCAACUGGUUGCAAGGGGCUUCACACAGAGAGAGGGGAUUGACUACCAAGAAACCUUCUCUCCAGUAGCACCCCUUGGAGUGAUCAGAGCCAUCUUAGCACUAGCAGUGCAGAACAACUGGGAGGUGCAUGCUCUGGACAUCACUAUGGCUUACUUGAACUCCAUGUUAAAGGAAGCAAUCUACAUGAAGCCACUGGAAGGAUCAGGAGUAGCUCCCGGCCAGGUGUACAAGGUAGAGUGUGCUCCCUGCAUCUACACCAAGGGACAGGGUGAAGAUAUGGCCAUUGUGGUCAUCUAUGUCAAUGAUACAUUGGUCAUAGCACCACGACUGGAAACAGUCCUAAAGGUUAAGAAGCAGAUUGGCCAGAGAUGGAAGAUGGAAGAUAGUGGUGAGGUCUCUCACUUCCUUGGCAUCAAAAUCAGUCGAGACUGUGCAAUGCACACCAUGACAAUUGGUCAGUCAGGGUACAUCAACCAAGUGCUGGCAAAGCACCUGGACAAACAUACAAAGCUGACCAUGGUCCCAAUGCAGAGCAUACUGGAGGGAACCCUUGUCACAAGUGCAAAGCAACAGAAGGAGUAUCCGGUGAUUGUUGGCAAGCUGCUCUGGGUUGCCAACAGCACCUGGCCUGACCUUAGCCUCACCAUGGGCAUUCUCGCUAGACACAUGCACAAACCAUCACAGGAGCAUUAUCAGGCAGCACAAUGGGCCUUAUGCUACCUCGAAAGCACAAAGGAGGUUGGAUUGGUUUAUAGGGCAAAUGAGUUGCAAGAGCCACUGGUCACGCACAGUGAUGCAAACUGGGCGAGCAAUGCCACCAUACAGAGAAGGAGUACAUCAGGGUCAGUGGCAUUAGUGUAUGGGAACCCAGUAGCCUGGAAGUCAGCAAUGCAAAAAUGUGUAUCAUUGUCUGCCAUUGAGGCGGAGUUCAUUGCAGCCACAGAAGCAACACGUGAGGUGCUCUUCCUCAAGCAGCUGCUAUGCUCAAUUGGCAUUGCCACAGGCACCCCAAUGGUCUACUCAGACAACACUGGUUGCAUACAGGUUAGUAAAGAUCCAGCACAGCAUUGGAAGCUUAAGCACAUUGACACCAAGUAUCACUUUGUCCAUAACAAUGUCCAAGAGGGAAGGGUGCAGAUCAAGUAUGUGGACACCACAAGAAACUUGGCAGAUGUACUCACAAAGCCCAUUGGGAGACAAGCAAUGCAGCAAGCAAGAUCUGGGCUACACCUGUAA